AUGCUAUUACCUCAAUUGAGAGUACCACUAUUACGUUCCACAAUUCCAACUUUUCUAUUUCAACGACGAUGCAUUUCGAGUACAUUCAAGUUACCUUCGAUGCAGCAAAAAUUAUUAUCUUUGAAGCCAAUUAAACCUAAUGACACUCAAAUUUCAUGUACAAUAUUUAAUCAUAAAGGUGAUGUAGUGGCAGUUUCACAAAAAUUCCAGAAAUGGAAGUUCUUGAGAGAUCACGAUCUGUAUCCAAGAGAUUUACGAAAAAUUGAUACCACAAACGUAGAUAUAAUCCCUAAUAUUCUAGUGAAAUAUAACAAAUGCAUCGUAAUUAACAUGUUACAUAUCAAAGCCAUCAUCAAGAAGGAUAAAGUUUACGUCUUUGAUACGGUUGACCAAGCUGCAGCUGCUAAGCUGGGUGUGUUGAUGUAUGACCUCGAAUCCAAGCUAAAUACAGAAAAUUCAAACCAAUGCUAUGAACAUAGGGCCCUCGAAAGUAUGCUGGUCAACGUCGUUAGCUCACUAGAAACAGAAUAUAAGACACGUCAAAAUGUCUGUAAAUUAAUUUUAAAUGAUCUGGAAAAUCAAAUAGAUCGAGAAAAGCUAAGGGAUUUACUCAUAUCUUCAAAGGAACUGACUUCCUUUUACCAAAAAUCUUUGCUGAUAAGGGACGUGCUGGAUGAAUUAUUGGAGAAUGACGAAGAUUUGUCAGGAAUGUAUUUAAACAAAUUAUUGACUGAACAAAAUGAUAACGACUUUUCCGAUUUAGAAAUGAUGUUAGAGAAUUAUUACAUACAAUUCGAUGAAUUUGUUCAACAAUCUGAAUCGUUAAUUCAGGAUAUUAAAUCUACAGAAGAAAUUGUUAACAUUAUCCUGGAUGCAAACAGAAAUUCUUUAAUGCUGUUAGAACUGAAAAUCACUAUCUAUACCCUGGGAUUUGCUGUAGCAGCAUUGAUACCUGCAUUUUAUGGGAUGAAUUUGAAAAAUUUCAUUGAAGAUUCCCAUUUUGGCUUCAUAGGUGCUGUGUUCUUCUCUAUAAUUGGAGGCUAUAUCACCGUUAAAAAGGGAUUCCAAUUAUUAAGGAACGUAACUAGAUUGUCUAUGGUUAGUUCUGGCCCUCGUAUCACGUCUUUAAAUCCAAAAAUUACUACCCAUCCUGUUAAUAUGGCUAAAAAGAGACCACUAUGGCAUAGAAUGCUUGGAAAAUUCAAAUUUGCCCACAAAAUAGAGGGCCCUAGAUCUACAUGGACACGAGAGGAUAAAGACCUGGUAUGGAAAUGGCUGAUAGAAGAUAAAAAGGACUAG